ACGUAUCGGAUGCCAUGUUGCAACCUUCUUCAGAAACAAGUUCGACAUUGAACUUCUGAAAUGCAUUCUCUAGUGUUAGUUCUAGUGAUAGUUUAAACAACCUAAUAAAGUUACGAAUGUUGCUUAGUACUGAGACUUUACUUAAACUAAUCAAUCUUAAGUUCUCCUAAACAACGCAGAUAAAUUUUCAAUAUAAAUCAAAUAUUAAUAAAAAAACAAAACCUUGGUAUCCGUAAUUACCCUACAGCACGUGGGGUGUCACAAAUAAAUCCUCUACUCUAGAUGUACUUUCACCACUCCUACAGUUUUCGUGGGCCCAUAAAUUAGAUUUGCAGCAUUUUAUCCAGUCUUCACUUGGAGGAUCCUCAUACUUUUCAUCACAAAUUAGGCAAUAAUAUCCUUCCUCCUUCGCAUCUCCUUCAUUGGCCUUUUUUCUUCCGUGGUAUAUCCUUCCUUUGUCUUAAUGUUAUCAUCUGCAAAUGCAAGAUUCUUCACACCUUUCUCACCUAUAGUGGAACUUACAGUUUCUUCACUCCCUUUCAUGUGCUCAUUAUUUUCCUCCUCGUUUUUUUUUCUAAAAUAUCUUUCAUAGGACUACUGGUUAUUAUAUCUACUGGCUAUCUGCAUGUAAAGUGGCGUACCAAUGAUGCCUGAUGCUUCACCUGAUUACGCCACUUUGCAAAUUUCCAAUACGAUUUUCAGGUAGUGAUGUCGCAUCUACGAAAUGUUCAUCAAAUUUGGUUGUAUCUAUUGGCCAAAUACCAGCUGCCCGAUAUUGAAAGCGACAACAAUAUUAUUCCAUUUUGGCGAUAAAACAGAUAGCAAGCAAGGCUAACAUGACUAUCAUAAUUAACCAGAAUAAGUACAGUUGGCUCUGCAACGACUUAGCAUAGGAGAUAAAGUGGUGUAACCAAUCUACGAAUAGGUUCUCGUUGAUCCAACCCGAAUCGAUAACGGCUGCUAUCAUAUCAGCGUUGCCUCCACGCUAUAAUUGGGCAUUCAUACGCUUCCUCUUAAAAAUAAAACACGGAGCUAUAUAUUUUCCUGAAGCACUAAAUGCGCAAACAAUUGUUGUUGUCGUGCCUCAUUCACUACUCGUUGUCAUACCGACUUGUUUCUGGCCUUUUGGUGCUAAAAUUCUUUCUAGUUUUCAUUAUCAUAUGUCUAUUGAUUUUAUGCAUUUGUCCCAACUCUAUAAGCAUUUCAUUAUAGAAAUUUCGGUUUAAAAGUUCUUCGAUCAGGUAUUCCGUGGUGUUACGUAACUACCUAUGGUAAUCUUAUCUCCAAUAAAAACUUGUAUUAAACUUGAUCCACUGUUAUUAACUUCAUCGUAAUUUUCUUUUGGCAGUCUUGAGUUCUAGAAAAAUUCUAAGUCUCGACAGUCCUCAAUGGAUUAAAACCCACUAUUCACACUACUCAAUACCAUUUCCUCAAUAUAUAGUAAUCUUAAUUUUAUCUAAGCUUGAUAUGUGACGAUUGGACAUUGACACCAAUACAUCCCUUGACAGUACCGCUACUGAUUGUGAACCGGACUAUAAAAUAAUCUUAUAUUACAUGAAUAUGAUUAUUAGAAAAAUCUGAAUUAUGACAGUCCAUAUGUUAUUAAAGCUAGAAACUUAAAUAUAAAGGAUAUUGCAUCAAUUCAAACUUGGAAAAAUGAAGAAUAUUUGAAUAAUUGGUAAGGCGAAAAAAGUAAUUGCAAUAAAAUACGUGGAACAGAUGGAUUAUUGUAUCCUCCGUUUAAUAAUAAAGAAACUAGAUUUGAAGUCUAUAAUCCAGAUAUCUGUAGAGUUGAAACAUUUCAAACAAAAUAUAAUUCAUCUUUUCAAGAUAUGGAUUCUAAUGUUGCUAGGAGUAAUUUAAAUGUAUUCUCCAAUGAAAAUAAUGAAGAAUGUUAUUGUACGAAAGCAACAAAAGCUCCUUCUGGGAUUUGGAGAUAUGUUAACAUGCAUGAAUUAUAGAUUUAUAACAUCAUUCCCUCAUUUCCUUGAUGCGGAUGUUGAAAAUGAAAUUAUAGGAUUAACUCCAACUGAAGAAUUAUAUGGAUCAUCUAUUACGAUCGAACCAACUACAAGAUGAUAUUAGAAGCAAAUAAACGAAUACAAUACAACAUGGUUGUUCGACCUGUACAAGACAUUGCUAUAACACAAAACGUAAUCUCAAUGAUUAUGCCGAUUCUUUGAUCUGAAGAGAGUGUUAAAUUACCUGAUGAUUUGGUAGAAAAACUGAAAAAUGAUUUUUUAAGCAAGCUGAAAGAAGUAGAUGAGGAAAAAGAUGAUAAUUCAGGUGUUGGAGUUGUUUUAAAACCACAAUAUUAUCUUGUGUUUUGUAUUUACGGAUUGUUUAUGCUACACUAAUUCAUUUACUCAGUUGUAUACUAUAUUAAUCUAGUAUUUUAAUAUUGCUAAUAAUUUUUAAUCGGGUGAUACUGAAAAUUAAUUAACUAGGUAUCACCGUCAUUACAAGUGUUUCACAUCAAAACCUGUCACAACCUAAAUAAAAUUAUCAAAUGAAUAAGUAUUUUUUUGUUAUCUCUACCGAAAGGAACACAAAGCAACGGCGCAAUUAUAAUGUAAAAUUGUGUUGUGUUGCAUCGUCAAAUACAGCUGCGCUUUCAUCAAUUAUUUCUUAUCUAUCGUUCGUGCUAUCUAUUAAUUUUCAAUUUUUUGAAAAUCGUAUCGGAAAUUGUAUUGUAUUUCUUUAUGAAGCCUAUAAAGAGUUCAACUACAGGUUUUGUUGUAGUUACGUUCGUAAAAAUUUCGUAUUGUUAUGGAAAAUGAGGAAAUCUGAAAAUAAAUUACUUUUAUAUUGGGCGAUUGCCGGUGUUUUUAUUGCAAUCAUUGGAAUUCUUUUAGGAUUGGUUUUAUUGCCCUUUAUUAUUGAUGACCAAAUUAACAAGCAACUAAGGAUAUCGUAUGGAAGUGAUGCCUAUGAAAGAUGGAGAGAGCUACCGAUAACGGUUGAUUUUAAAAUUUAUAUCUUUGAAGUAGAAAAUUGGCGAGAUGUAGCUUUGAAUGGAGCUCGCCCACAUGUAAAAGAAAUUGGGCCAUAUAUCUAUAAAAUGUUUAGGAAAAAAUAUAACAUAUCGUACGACGAAUCUGAAGAUUCAUGGACUUACACCCAAUAUUACCAUUUCGAAUUUGAUCGUGAAAGAACCGAUUCUAAAUUAAGUGAAGAUGACGAAUUGAAUGCGCUAAAUGCAAUUGCAAAUGUAUUCUUCCAAAUAGCCAAUAGAUAUCUUCCAGAAUACCUACUCAAAAUACUAGUAGAUAAAUAUUGGAAAUAUUUGGUUCCAGAUACUUUAGAAGACACCAUUUUCCAUAGAGUCCGUGUUGGCGAUAUUCUGUUCGAUGGUUAUACAUUUUGUGAACCGAAAAAUUGGAGUGGGGUAAUUGGGAUAAUGUGUAUAGUUGCUGCAUUAUUAGACGUGCCAUUCAUUAGCUUGCAAGAUGAUUAUUCUUUAAAGUUUUCUUAUUUUGAUUUUAAACAAGAUAAACACGAUGGUAUAUUUACUGUAAUCGGUGGUAAUAAUGAUAUUUCAAAAUUGGGAUGGAUUACACAAUGGAAUGGAUACGUAUACAAUGAAAUAUGGGGUGAAAGAUUUUCACAUUGCAAUAAAAUACAAGGUCGAGAUGGUACUGUUUAUCCCCCAAAACUUCAAAAAGAAGACGAAGUAGUUCUAUUUACAACAGAAAUAUGCAGAACUCUUAAAGCUGAAUUUGAUGGGGUAGAAGUUUACAAUGGAGCUAAAGUACAUCGAAGAGUAUUAAAUGAAAAAACAUUUGGCGAUCCUGAUAAGUAUCCUGAAAAUGUUUGUUACUGCGGGAAAUAUGAAAGGAAUCUGUAUGGAGAAAAAAAGUGUUUGCCUAAUGGUUUUUUCGAUAUUUCACCAUGUUAUAUUGCCCCUGUUAUUGCAUCAUUUCCUCAUUUCUUAUUUGCUGACGAAGAAUAUCAAAAAACAGUUACUGGAUUGAAACCAUCACAAGAGAAUCAUCAAACUGUCAUCAAAAUAGAACCAAUUAGUGGCAUACCUAUGCAAGGAAAUGUUAGAUUACAAUUCAACAUGAUUCUUAGGCCUAUUCCUGGUAUUGAAGCUACCCAAAAAUUAACCCCUAGCGUUUGUCCAAUAGCUUGGUUAGAAGAAUCUGUAACAAUUCCCGAAGAUCUAAGUGGUUAUUUCAUCGGAAUUCUUAACGCAGCUUUCAUCAUAACAGAUGUCCUAUUAUAUGGAUUAUUGAUUAUAGGAGUAGGAUUGUUUUUCUUUUGCGGCGGGCUUUAUCUAUAUAGACAAAGGAUAUCUAAAAAUUUAGAAAAUUAAUAA